CACAAAUAAACCCUUUUGCAUCGCUACCUGUUGAAAUUUUUAGUUUAUUUACUUUUCGCACAGAAAUCCUGAGAUAAAAAGCUGCCAAAAUGUGUUUUCCACUUGCAUUACCGAAGGUCGAAAACUUCCUAUAUUGCGUAAAUUUACGUAGCGGAACCAUUUUUCUCGCACUCGCUCAAGUACUUAUCGGACUCCUGUCAUUGCUGGGCUACGUUUUUGCCACGGACGAUGACCAAAGUGGAGAAUACGUCUUUUUAACGGCGUUGACAAUUGUCGCCGGAAUCCUCGGCGUUGUGCUUCUCAUUGGAUUCAACAAGCAGAGCCUCGAAUGUUUCGCAGUCUACGUUUGGUCAGCUUUAGCAGUCGUCUUCAUAUUUGGCAUUCGCAUUUUCACAUCAUUUGCAUUUGAUUCGGCUCUAGCUGGAUUUAAUGCCAUACUGAUUUUCAUCAUUUGUUGGUACGUGUUGGUGACAAUUAACUCCUAUUAUGUCAUCUUGUAUCGCGAGCGGCAAGUUUCCGAACAGGAAAAUGUCACGUCUGUGCAUGCCCAAGACUUGCCGAUGCAAGAUACCAAUGUGAAGCCAACGAAUGCUUAAGUCUCAGGAUGGAUUUUUCGUUUCUAAGCCUUCUUUUUCUGGACCAAUUGUUAUACUCAUAUACACUUUUUGACGAAACUUUUUUUUACAAAUAAAGCAAUAGAAAACCACAGAGCUUGGUACGCAAUGCAGCCAUAAAAUUGGUACCAAGCUCUUUGG